AUGUCUAAUGGAGGCAUGGACGGAUUCGAUUGGCUCCAGAGCUUUCUACCCGCCGAUAAUCAACCCGACCCCAAUAUCAACAAUGAGGCUUAUCAAACACACCCGGCGUUUCACGAUGCGGAGGAGGUCGCUAAAGCGGCCUUUAUUCACCAGCAGACACAGAGAUCAUAUUCCUUUAUGAGGUCAACCAAUGCUGGGACGAAUCGUGCCCUGAAUCCUCCUCAGGCGUACUCGUAUGCCUCGGGUGCACAGUACGGAGGAAACACACACCAGCAAAACAGCAAUAUUCAAUCCGACAGUCCUCCUUCUAGCCACUCCGCAUACCCAACAGAUCGUUCUCACAAUUCAAAUCACCCACCAAAUCCCCCCGCUCCGUCCCAACAGCAGCACUUGGCUACUCAGGCACAUCAGGAUGCAUAUGGCCAUGGUCAAACUCACAUGGGUCCCGCUGGCCCCCGACAGAGGCCUUCCGGCUCUAUGCCAAACUCCUCGGCCCAUCAAAGCACCCAUAGGAUCUACGAAACUACAAGACCGACAGUCCCUGCACAGGGAAUGAACCAACCCAUGGCACGGGCUGUGCCCACAGAUGAAAACCCGUAUCAAAGGUUCUCGUCAAACCCAAAACAGAAUUCCCAUGUGUCGUCCCAAACGCACAUGCCACAAAGGAUGAUGACACAAGUUCAAAGAACACACACGGAAAGUCCUUCUUACAGCUACUCUACAAUGCCACCCCACAAUCCUCAGCAACCACCUCACUCCACUGCAGCACAAGGAACCAGCCCGAGGCCUCCAGUUCAAAGGACACAUUCAGCGGCAGUGCCCCCAGAAUCUCAGAGACCAUACCAAAGCCACUCGACGACCCCAGCUCAGAAUACCCAGCAGAUAUCUUGGUCAGCUGCAGCAGCGCAGAGACAGUGGCCGGGGCCCCCAGUUCGAAGGACACAUACACCGGUGGCAAGGCCCCAAGCAUCGCAGAGCCCAUAUCAAAGUCAUUCCACGACCCCAACCCAGGUCCGAAGACAAUCUCAUCCGAAUGCACCGCCAAGCCCCCAUUCGAUGGACACUGCGCCUCUGGUCUCCGAGACCUGCCAGUCGACCACACCAGCCACAAUCAAUCGAGAGGCUUCCAACCCUACAACACAGAAUCCGGCUACCAAUUCUGACACUUCAAACCCAAUGCCAUCUGAGUCUUCAUUCCACAAUCAAGAUCAUGUGCAAUCAGCGUUGCCAGCAGCGCCUGAUAGGGUCCAUAGCCCUGCGAUACCACAGCCUGUCUCAACCCGCAGUCCUUCUGUCUCUAUUAUCUCUGCUCCUGCAUCUGCCCCUCCUGCACCCCCUGCACAGACAGCUACUGUCCCACCUCAGUUAGACAAGGCCUGGAGUCAGGAGAAACACGGUAAUCAGGGCAAAGCAGCACCUACCUCAUGCCAGUCGCCAUAUCAGACAAACCAGCAGCCUCCGAUAUCCCGGCCAAAUGAGCAGAGUACACCAGCGGUAUCCUCGGCCUUUGCGUCAACCAUACCCCCCGCGGUCUCGCACCCGGGGCCCUCUGAUAACUCUUCGCGUACCUCAGGACCUCGAUUGGGUACCUGCUCUCACUCGGCCGUGGCCAAACCACCUGCUGUGGACAAUACUCGGUCGCGGGGGUACCCGCUGCCCGGACCACUGCCGCAUCAGAAAAAGCGGUGGGUUCCAGCCGGAGAGCAUUAUAGUAAUUCUAUGCCACCCGCAAAGAUGCGACUAUUGGACAGUGGCAAGAGACAAACAAUAACUCCCCCAAACGACCCUUCAGCGGGUAGUUCAGUACCAGGGGCCCAAGUUCCUAUGGAAAAUGCUCGGCCUCGAGGCACCGGUAGAAUUCUUAAAAACCGUGGCGACCUUGUCCAGCAGAUAAACCCGAGCGAUGCACUACUCAAAAAAUCCUAUGAUCCUACCACGAUCGCGCGGGAUGUACUGAUUGCUGCGGGAAGGCACCCGAAGGAAAAGCAUCUAAAUCAUCAUCUUGAUCCAUUACGCCGUAAUUUUACCAGAAUUGAUUACUGUGCAGACCUGGCAACGUUUCGUUGGGACCUGGUGGACGCCGAGCAGCCUGAACCUCAAGUGGACCGCACGCCUCCGGUUCCCGCACCCCAAAUACCUCGACCAAUUCCUCACCCUCAGUGGCAAUCACUUCCACGUGACCCCGCUUCCACAGUAAAUCACGUGACGACAUGUGAUCACGCUCCCAUACCAACGCGUCACACACCGCCAAAUCGCCAAGUCGCAUUGCCAGAAAGGAUCGACGCGCGCGCCCCGCCUGGUGGUUUGAGCCCUUGGGGGUCGAAGCUGUACCUGCAUCGCCGAAGUUCUCAUCCAACAAAUCCGCCCCCUUACCAACUCCCCCUCCCCCUCCCCCCUCCCCCACCGCCGCAACCGCACCCGCAGCCCGAACACCGACGACGCUCGACGACGAACAGUGCAGCCACACCAAAACCCUUGCCUGCUACGAAACAAGUGACCCCCAAGUCUACAACAAAGCCUAAACCUCAAGGGCAGACGGUCAAGAGCCAGUCUGACUCUGGUCGGACCGAAUCCCCCGAGGCAAGGCGUCUUCCCCAGCCACAAGUUGUCAUUCCACUGUCACCCGCCAAGAUGCCCACGAAGAGACGACCAGGGCGACCCUCGAAGAGCGUCGCGAGCAACAUUGAAGUUGCCAUUCACCGUGAGCAGCCUGUUGAUUAUCAAAUCUUCCCAUGCAAAUGGGAGGGGUGCGCUGCCCAACUUCACAACAUUGAUUCGGUCCGAGCCCACGUGAUAAAAGUGCAUAUACCGCAUUCUCUUGUUUGCAAAUGGGACGACUGCGGCAAUAAGACGCCAAUGGCUGCAGCAGAUAUGUUUCAGCAUUUGGCGACCGAGCACAUUUCUAAAAUUGCUUGGGAGCUUGGGGAUGGUCCGACGGUGCCAGUAACUGAGCUGAUCUACACGAAGUUUGUUUUUGAUCUGAAGAAAAUGUCUAAUCGGAUGAACGUUCUAGCGGAAAACAACCCGAACCACCCUUCCGUUCUGGGUGACCGAAGUGCCCGCAAAGGGACCAUGGUCUUGCCGGUCGAUGAGCAUCAGGUCAAGGCCUUCAGCAAGGCCCAUGGUAAGUCGACCGAGAAGACGAAGGCCCAAGCCCUGAUCGAAGCUGGUCGACACUGGAAGCAGCAGAUUGGACCUGAGAUGGACUGGAGUGACCGUCGUCUGUCGACACCAGCUCGGCAGCGCAGGGUACACACUGGGGAAAUGGCAUUUGUGGGGGAGAGUUGA